UACUCAGGGUGGUGUAUUGACCUGGAUCUCCCAGGGUUUAACAGGUGCCCUUCCCCAGCCUAAAACAGACAGGGCAAACAGUGAUGCCAAACAACAGGAGGUUAACAUCAAUAGCAACGCAAAUGAAGAGACAGGAGUGAUAAACUGGAUUGUGCAGGGAUUAGGCAAAGUGGUUCCCCAACCUGAUGACAAGCACAAACAGCAGACAGAAUCCCAGGAGGUUACUGAGGUUCCAAAAAUAGUGCCAGAGGUAAAGGUGGAGCAAACUGAGAUUAAAGAGGUUAAAGUAGUUAAAGUAGAGCCUGAGCCUCAACCUCAAGUCCCUGUGGUGGAGGUGGUCCCUGUUGCAGAACCAGAAGAAGACACGUCAUUGACACCCAAGGUAAUGGAGUGGAUCAAGCAAAGUUUUGAAAAGGUGGUUCCACAGCCAGGACACUCUCCACUUACUCCAGAAACUUCAGAUAAAAAGGAACCUGCUACAGAUAUGGCACCUCAGUCUCCAAAGGCACCUGAACCCCCAGCAGCUGAGGAAGCAACCAAGGACACAAAUGUGGUAGAGGAAUCCAACAUGGUUGGCUGGAUUGUGGAGGGUCUCGGUCGCAUUAUGCCACAGCCCGUUUCAAAACCAAAAGAGGAUACGUCAGAUACAGUUCAAAGCAUCUGCAUCCUGCAGGAAGACUUUAUGCAGGAGGACAAUCUGUUCCCAGAGGAAAACGUGGUGCAAGAGGGGAACUUGGUGCCGGAGGUGAACCUGGUACUGGAGAAGGACAUGGUGCUGGAGGAGGUAGAAUCAGACUGGGAGCAGCAGCAGGUGGAGCAGGUUUGUCUGCUCAGUGCUGAGCUGGAGAAACAACCCGAACAUCAGAUGGAGAAUCAGAUUUGCCCUCUGCUGGAUGUCCAACAAGUGCAUACCACAUGUAAUGUCUUAGUCACACAGCAGGAGGAUGCUGAAAUACAAACAGAUCGCUGGACUCCUUUAAUAGAGAAAAUUAGACGUGAGGCUGAAGAAGCUGCCUUGGUCUCCAUGAAAAAGAGGCUGGAGCGUGUGCGUCUGGAGGCGGCGAGGAUGGCGGAGGAGUUGGCGCGCCAGGCUGCUGAACUGGCAGUGAGACAACUGGAGGAGGAACACACUGGAAUCAGAGUCAAAGAGACAGAACGUCUGUCUGAAGCAGAGAAUGGAGAGCUCCUCUCCAACAUCCAGGAAGAAGAAAAUGAAGAUGACCCAGAAGCAGACAUUAAGAGCUGUCUGGUGGAUGUGUGUCCUGUUGAGGAGCUUGAAACACAUAUAACUGAGAUUACAGAGCAAAUCUUACAAAAGGAGGAGGCACCAGAGCCACUUACUCCAAAGGAAUCCACUCCUGCAAGUCAACGUGAGGCAGGAGAUGCCCCACCACUGGAGGCAGUUGUCCAACUACAACCUGAUAGAGAAGAUCAAGUAAGAGCAAAAGACCAUUCACCUGUAUUGUUACAUCUGUUUAGACGCUAACCUGUAGUGUCUCCAGUUGUAACCUCUAAGCUUGCAAGACGUGUUUCAGCUCCCUUUCUUCCAGCUGUUAUACAGGAGGAUGAGACACUUAAAGAGGAACGUGAUGAAUGUCCUCAUGUGAAUGUAGAAGAAGUCGAAGAUGGAUCCAUUUCUACUGUACCACAAAUUGUUGAACCUCAGGAGUUGAAUAGUGUCACCCUAACUGUACCCAUUACUGUACUGGCCACCCACAGCAAAGCAGUCCAUGUAGAGAGGGCUUCACAGGCAGACAACCAAAGUAAAGAAGGUGAAAUGGAGAAACAUCAAGAUCAGACCCCCCAGGGUGGCCUCCUCACUGUGGAGGAAGAUGAUGCUGAGCGUCCUCUCUCUUCGGCCAGUCAGAAAAGUGUCAUACUUAAUGAACGUCUGCAGGACCUGAUUAAGUUUUUUAAGGAACGAACAGAACGAACUAAAGAAAGGCUGAUUGACCCAGAUGAGUCUGAAGAGGACAGUCCCUCUGCUACACCUACGAAAAAGGCCGCUGCUCCUUCACCCCCUCCACCUCCACCGCCUCCUCCACAAGAGGAGCAGAAAGAUGUUCCUGCUGCCGAUGAGAUCGAAGAGGAGGAGUUCCUGGAGUUUAUGGGCUACCAAAUCAAAGUACCCAAGGUGCCUCCAAUGCCAGACUGGCUGAGAGCCAUCGUGGAGUAUCGUUUCCCUUCAAGCAUCGAUCCUUUCACUGAUCUGAUCUAUGUGGUGUGGCUGUUUUUUGUGAUGUGUGCAUGGAACUAUAACGUGUGGCUUAUCCCGGUGCGCUGGGCGUUCCCGUAUCAAACACCAGAAAACAUCCAUCUCUGGCUGCUAGCAGACUACUUAUGUGAUACUAUCUACAUCCUGGACAUUGUGGUCUUUCAGCCCAGGCUACAGUUUGUCCGUGGGGGAGAUAUAGUGUGUGAUAAAAAGGAUAUGAGAGAACAUUAUAUGAAAACAGAACGUUUUAAGAUGGACAUGAUCAGUCUAUUGCCCCUGGACGUUCUUUACUAUUUCACAGGUGUUAAAUCUGUCCUGCGAUUCCCACGUCUUUUAAAGUACAUGGCAUUCUUUGAAUUUAAUGAUCGUCUGGAAGCAGUGAUGAAAAAAGCCUACAUUUACAGAGUGAUCCGGACCAGCGCAUACUUGCUCUACUCGCUGCACUGCAACGCCUGUCUGUUCUACUGGGGUUCUGAUUACGAAGGCCUUGGCUCCACUAAAUGGGUAUAUGAUGGCAGAGGCAACAGUUAUAUCCGCUGCUACUACUUUGCUGUAAAAACUCUGAUCACAAUCGGAGGUCUCCCAGAUCCCACGACGGUCUUCGAAAUCGUCUUUCAGCUGGUCAAUUACUUUGUGGGAGUGUUUGCUUUUUCGAUUAUGAUCGGUCAGAUGAGAGAUGUUGUAGGAGCAGCUACUGCAGGUCCGGCAUACUACAGGUCGUGUGUGGACAGCACGGUAAAGUACAUGACCGUUUAUAAGAUCCCACGUGAGGUUCAGAACAGAGUCAAGACCUGGUAUGACUAUACGUGGCAAUCGCAAGGCAUGCUGGAUGAACAGGAGCUGCUCAUACAGCUGCCUGAUAAGAUGCGUCUAGACAUCGCAGUGGAUGUGAACUACUCCAUUGUCAGCAAAGUGGCCCUAUUCCAAGGUUGUGACAGACAGAUGAUAUUUGACAUGUUGAAGAGACUAAAGUCUGUGGUCUACCUCCCAGGAGACUAUGUCUGUAAGAAGGGUGAGAUUGGCAGAGAGAUGUACAUCAUCAAAGCUGGAGAGGUACAAGUGGUUGGAGGCCCUGAUGGUAAAACAGUGUUUGUGACUUUGAGGGCCGGAUCUGUGUUUGGGGAAAUCAGCUUGCUGGCUGUAGGUGGAGGGAACAGGCGAACAGCUAAUGUGGUGGCGCACGGCUUCGCUAAUCUCUUCAUCCUGGAUAAAAAAGACCUCUCUGAGAUCAUGGUGCAUUACCCAGAGUCGCAGAAAAUACUGCGCAAGAAAGCCAAGAAGAUGCUAACGAAGGAUAAGAAGCCUCCAGAAGAGAAGGGCCUGGGUAAGGAUUCUGGUCAGGUGAUUCCAAGACGUCCAGAGACUCCCAAACUAUUUAAGGCCGCCCUGGUGGUGGGCAAAGGAGAAACAUUUGCCAAAUUGAAAGAGACCUACAAAGAUACUGGAGCCACACUAGAGCCUUCCGGCAGCACAUCAGCGUCCACCGCAGCCAUACCUGUACCCCCUCCCUCACCCGUUCACCAUCGCUCACCCAUCCAGCGCACAGUUACACAAGACGAGGAUGACAUGGUGGCACAGACUACUGACAGCACAGUGAUCAUCCGCAUGACUCCACGCCAUCAUGGAGAGGAGAUUCUCAGCGUUGAAAUGGCGGAGGAAGAUGAUGGAUCAGCUGGGGAAAGCAAGCAGGAGGGGCAGAAAGAAGAAUAGAAGUUGUAAGAAAGGAUGAGGAGUUAUCAAACAAGGCUGGGGAAAAAAACAUGCAACAAUCAUGCUUUUACUAUUAUGGAGAAUUAUUUUAACUGAAGACAAACCAAAGUGGUUUUUGCUAU